UCGCUUUCCCUGCCUGCCAGAGCCGUCCGGGGGGUUGCCGGGCUUCGCUUCGCUCUUGUCGGGAUGGCUUCGGCGUCCCCGCUGCCGGCUGUCCCGCUGCUGAUCCACCGUCUGGGAGAGCGCCUGCUAAGGAAUCUCAGCCACCUGUUGGAUCGCGCCCCUCCGGGCAAAGGCUGGCGGGAUUUGGCGCAGCUGUCUGGGAGCCGCGGCGGAGUCCGGCUGAGUCCUCUUGAGUUGGAGGAAUGUUCUCUGGAUGUCUUGGCUCCUGAAGGAAGUCCCAGCUGGAGUCUCCUUCAGCUAAUGGGUGAAAGAGGCUGUACCGUUGCAGAGUUGACAGAAUUGCUGCAGUCUUUGCAACACACCGAGGCACUUCAGUUGCUCAAUCCAAGUCUAAAGAUCAUGGUAGAACCAGAAUCCCAAGUUGUUUUAUCUGGCCAGAUGGUGAAACUAAGCUGCUGGGCAACAGGAUAUCCUGUCCUAUAUUAUCAGUGGUUUAAAGAGAAAAAAAUGGUAAAUAUAUACCAGAAUGUUCCAUAUGGGAAUUCCCCAGAACUGAUAUUCAGUCAAGUAACUGUAGAAGAUGCGGGAUAUUACAUAUGUCGAGUGAGCAGUGAUUCUUCCUACGAAUUCAGCCAAUGGGCAAAACUGGAUGUCUGUGAUAGCCAAAGAGAUUCUGAAGGUGGGUCACAACUUUUUACAUGGUAGAAAUGGCAAGAAGGUGUAUGUAGGAGGCGUACUGAUUUUCUACUUUCAUUUUAACGUAA